UGUCACCAGUGUCAUGAGCGAGCGCAUGGUGCAGGUCACAGAGCUCUCCAACAUUGCUUUAUAAUUGCCGACAAUUAAACACACACCAGAGGAAAUAAUAAUUUAAAGGAAUAGUUCUCGCGUUUAAAAAAUUCGAUGGCGUGGACAAUUGAUCAAGCAAAAAUGAAGUUUUCCAGAAUUGUAAACAGUCGCUCGUACACCCGAUUCAAUCAGUCUCAGAACCCUGAUGGAGAGAGCAGUCGUGUGGAGGUGAAGCUGUCUGCGGACGGUGAAGAAGAGAUGGAUGGUGUUGAGCAAGGACAAGUGCAACAUGAGACAUACACAAGACCCAGUCGUCCAGUGCCAUUGAACAAGGGGAAGAUUAUUUGUUCAGUGAUCGUAGUACUGCUCUUCUUCUGUUUGGGUACACUCAUUGGCUAUGCUGCCCACCGUAAGUCUGAACCACCUUCGCCUGACAGUUUGGACGAGGAAAAGAAUAGUGAAGUUCAACCAAUUUAUGAUGUUCCUGCUCCUACUAUGGAUUGGAGUGACAUUGUUAAGAUGAUGAAUGAGAAACUGUUGUCUAAUGCCAUUCAGGAUAAAUUAAGUGAGUAUUCAAAGGGUGACCGCCAGGCAGGAUCAUCUGGAGAUAACUUGUUAGCUGACAAAAUCCAUGACACUUUCAAGAAACUUAACAUGGAGCCCUGGGUUGAUGAGCACUAUGUGAAGCUACAGUAUCCUAGCAGCUCUAAUCCAAACAAAGUGUUGUUUGGUUCAGAGGAGAUUGGAAAUCCAAAGGGGUUCCUGGCUUACAGUGCAACAGGACGUAAAACGGGAAGAGUGGUGUAUGCCAACUAUGGUUUGCCAGAGGAUCUGAGGGACGUGAAGGACAGCGGAGUGAAUCUGACUGGGUCUGUCAUACUGCUGAGAGCUGGAAAAAUCAGCAUGGCUCAGAAGGUUGCAAAUGCUGCUGAGAAGGGUGCCGUAGCAGCUCUGAUCUACCCGGACCCAGCAGACUAUGGAAAAUUGCCUUCAGAUACUGAACUCUAUGGUCACGUCCACUUGGGAUCAGGUGAUCCUUACACCCCAGGUUUCCCAUCCUUCAAUCACACCCAGUUUCCACCUGCCAAGUCAUCUGGUCUUCCAAAUAUACUCGCUCAGACGAUCACUGCAAACAUGGCAAGCAAAAUCUUGGAGAAAAUGGGAGGAAGCGAUGCCCGCUCAAGUUUCAUGGGUCGCUUCUCCAGUUACAAAUUGGGAAAUGAGACUGACAUGGUCACCGUAGAAGUUAACAACAAUCUUGUCGACACCAAGAUCCAUAACGUGUUCGGAGUCAUCAAAGGGUUUGUGGAUGCAGAUAAAUAUGUUGUGAUUGGAGCGCAGAGGGACUCCCUCAGCUCAGGCUAUGCCAAGUCUGCAGUCGGCACUACUCUUCUGAUGGAGCUUGCAAGAGUUUUCACUGAAAUGAAGAAAGAUGGUUUCAAACCCAGAAGAAGCAUUGUGUUUGCCAGCUGGAGCGCAGGGGAUUUCGGUAACGUCGGAGUUACUGAAUGGCUUGAGGGCUAUUGGGCAUCCUUGGACAAAAAAGCCUUUACCUACAUCAGUUUGGAUGGAGUUAUAACUGGUGUGGGUUCCUUCAGAGCUUCUGCAAGCCCUUUGUUGCACACGCUUCUGCAGAAGACCAUGGAGAAGGUAAAAAAUCCAAUCGGUUCAGGUCCAGUUAACUUCCGUCAAAGCCUUUUCCAGAGUUAUGGCGGUAAUCUUAGAUCUCUUCUGAGGCCCAUGAUGAUGGAUGAUAGUGCAUAUCCUUUCCUGGCUCUCUCUGGAAUCCCCUCUGUGUCUUUCAGUUUUGUUCCUGCUGGGGCCUCUGCUGACUACGAAUAUUUUGGAACUGUUCUGGAUAAUAAAGAAGGUCUGGGCACUGUCACCGGUCAGAAAGUGGGUGAGAUGUCUGUGGCUGCUGCCCAGGUUGCUGGUCAGAUCGCCCUCCGGCUCGUUCACGACCACAUCCUCAAACUGGAUGUUGCCAAGUAUGCAGAGAUCAUCUCAGACCAUGUGAAAACCAUCACGAAUCGGGUUGAGGAACUCGGAAGUGCAAAGGUCGAUAAAAGUGAGUCUCUGUCAACAGUGUGGCUGAACAGGGCAAAAAGUUCUUUUGGUCGUGCUGCAAACACCUUAGAUGUAUACAUCAGUAGAAGUGAUCUAGAAGACCUAGAGAUGUGCCGCAUCAUCAAUAACCGCAUAAUGAAGGUGGAGCAUAAUUUUCUCUCUCCUUAUGUCUCUAUAAGAGAUGCCCCGUUCCGACACAUUUUCUUUGGUGAUGGGUGGCAAACCACCACUGACCUGGAAAACUACCUGAAAAAUGUGGCACAAAAAAAAGCAACCUUCGACAUGAACCAAGUCCUUAACAAGUUUGCUCUGCUCACCUGGUCCAUCCAGGGCUGUGCAAAUGACCUGGCUGGAGAUAUCUGGUCCAUGGACAAUGAGAUAUAGGGUUUUUCAGGAUUACAUCAACAAACUUGGCCUCCAUCAGUUUUGAUUAAAAGUAAAACUCAAAUAUCAGAACAAACCAUAUAUCCACCACUACAUAGUAGAUUGAUUUGAUUUCAAAAUAGUGAAAAGCUCUAAUGGAAUCUGAUCAUGCAUACCUACAGAAUUAAGUAUUUGACAGCUAUAAAAAAAAAAAAAUCAUGACGAAAGCAUGCGACUUCAACAUACAUGAAUAUACAGAGUAAUGACUAAGGUCUUUAAUCCUAUUAGGAAUUAAUAAUAAAUGAUAUAGAUGA